AUGACCGUAAAUGCGGUCCAAUUUGAAGACCACUUGAAUUUAGACCCGGUUUUCAAUGGCACCAAUUGGGUCGUACUUUGCGCCGGUAGUAACACGUGGUAUAACUACAGACAUCAGUCUGAUGUAUACCAUGCAUACCAAGUGAUCAAAUCGCACGGAAUUCCCGAUUCAAACAUAAUUGUCAUGCAUUACGACGAUAUCGCUAACGCUAAACAAAAUCCAAUGCCAGGUGUUGUCAUCAAUCGGCCCAACGGUCCCGAUGUCUAUAAAGGAGUUCCUAAGGAUUAUGUGGGCGAAGAUGUCAACCCUUCCAACUUUUUAUCUGUGCUUAGAGGAGACUCCGUAUUGGCUCAUUUGGUUGCGUUUCCACACAAAUACCUUUACGCAAAAGAAUUGGCCGAGACUUUGAUUACAAUGCAUAAAAAUAAUAGAUUUGCAAAAUUGGUCUUUUAUAUGGAGGCCUGUCAUUCA